AUGAGCGGCUGCUCAACGGCUUGCAAGCGAUCAUCAAGGAGAAAGUUGGAAAGCAUGUUGCUUUUGCCGGUCCACUGUUAUGCGCAUACGCUUAAUCUUGUUUUGUCCGACUCUGCAAGUGUUGAUGUUCAAGUAAUAAGCCUCUUCAAUGACCUCGAAGCCUUGUACGUUCUCUUUAGCAAGACACAAAGAAUCCAUGAUUUGUUCGAAGCUGUACAACUGGAAGAGAAUCUGAAAGUCCUUUCCCUAAAGAGACUUAAUACUGUUCUUUGGCAUUCACGCGAGUUGUGUCUAAAGGUCCUUCUCUCUCGUUAUGACUGCAUUUUAAGUGUCCUGGAAACCGUUGCGUUGGACAGUUUAAUUGAUGGAAACCCACGAAAAACGAGCAUUGGCUUAUUGAAGCAGAUUCAAACAAAGCAGUUUCUGGCUACCGCGUACCUCUUUCGAGAAAUAUUUGCAUCCACUGGUCCGCUAAGCCGAUAUUUACAACGCGUUGAUGUUGAUUUUGGAAAAGCCCUGGGAAUGGUCGAAAGCGCGAUUGACGAGCUCAAUGAAUUGCGUAAACAACCGGAACUAAUUAUCAGAUACGUUGAGCAAAAACACGACUCCCCCAGCGUGACUUGGCAACAACCAAGAAUCAGACGUCGAAGACGAAUGGAUGAUGAAAAUGCCGAAGACGAACCAGGGCCUUUUUUAAGGAUUUUCCCGGGGGGGGGGGCAUUUUUUGAAAAGGGACCUUUCUGUGAGAUAAUAUAUUACAGGGAGCCUAGCAAUGGCUGAAGGCCACGUGUGCGCCGAACAUACCAUGCACGCAUGAAUGAAGGGGGGGUGUACUCCCCCAGAAAAUUUUUGAAAUUUGAAGCACAGAAAUGCCAUUUCCUGCAUUCUGAGCAUCCAAAUGCGCUCCAAAAUGUAUACUAACUAUACUUGUAUUUGAAAUAAAAGAAGGAAAAAACCCACAAAAAGUAAAAAAAUAUUAACCAUAAUUUAUCAUUACUUAUUAGAGGAGGAUCCCAAUGGUCACGUGUGUGGGGGUGUACUCCCAAGAAAAUGUUUGAAAUUUGAAACACGGAUAUGCCAUUUCCUGCAUUCUGAGCAUCCAAAUUUGCUCUAAAAUUUAUGCUAACUAUACUUGAAAUAAAGGAAGGAAAAAAUGCACAAAAAGUAAAAAAGAAUAUUAACCGUAAUUUAUCAUUAUACUUAUUAGAGGGGGAUACCAAUGGCCGAAGGCCACGUGUGUGGGGGCAUAAUCUCCAGAAAAUUUUUCAAAUUUGAAACCUGGAAAUGCUCUUUCCUGCAUUCUGAGCAACCAAAAAAAUAAAAAAUUAUUAACAAUAAUUUAUCAUUACUUAGUGGUAGAAAAACGUAACAAUUUAGAUCGAUUUUGUUAAACAAGGACAAAGGAUAAAGCCUAAAACUUACUUUCCGUUUAUUUAUUUGUUAUUCUUCGCUGUUUUGUUGGUAUAAACUUAGGAAAAAGGGACUUUUCCUGGGAGGGCAAAUGCCCCCCCCAGCUUGUAUGUUAAAAAAGGCCCUGUAACCCUUUAAAUGGCAAUGUACCCUGAUGCACCCUACUUAAUAAUAUUACUUUACACUGUAAACACUAUUAAUCUUAAUGAGUUAAUUAGCACAUGAUUAAUCUCUUUGCUAUAAUCUUACACACUCAGAAAAGUGAUUAAAUGAAAACAAUGAUCACCUACUAGACAGCUAGAUCCUGUUUUAAAAGUUUAAUGAGCCAAUUACAAAAGUUGCUGAUUACUGUUCACACCAAUUAUUUGAAAGCAGAUUAAUUAAACAAACUAAUCAGCUACUCACUAGUACUGUAUACUGUAGAUGACUUUCAAUAGUGUUUGUAAGUAGGUACCAGUAAAUUGAAGGACAUUUAUCAGAACUUUAGCAAGUAAACUUUUCUAUCCUGUGAUACAGUUAAUUCAAUUGACAUUCAUUUGUCUUGAUCUCCAUGGGCAUACAAGACGGGCUGGGGGUGGGGGAGGGGAGGGCAGCAGUCCCCUAGUGACCAUGCAGUGCUUCUAAAGUCAGGCAGAUUCUACUUACAAAAUUUGUGCAAUUUGCUAACCUAAGGCCUAUAUUUUGCAUAUUAUUGUUGAGAUAUUAAUAUAAUUAAUAUAAAUAGAUGGAAACUGAAUAACAUAUUGAAAUUCAUUCAGACUGGAUGCUGUAGAGUGAGGAGUUUUCAAUGUACCGUGUCUUACAGAAUGAAAUUCCAGAAAUGCUUGUGAAUAGUUUUAUAGAUUUUUGUUUAUCAUUGUUAAAAUGACUUCAUUUUGAUUGUAUCUGUGUGGGAGAUAUAUUAUUUCUUUUUAUCAUCUAUCAAUGAUAAUUAAUGUUGGGCAAUCUACAAUUAAUCUACAAUGACAAUUAAUCUGGAUGUCGGGCAAUGCAAUGUCCAACAAUGUUGGGCAAAUUUUCUCUACCCGACCUUCUGUCCAUAUGCCUAUGUUGAUCUCAAAUCACAAAAUGUUGUGUUUAUGUUUCUUGAACUGUAUUUUUAUUGAAAUUAGAUUUAUCAAAAAUUUAAUGACAUGAACGGAUUUUUGAAAUUGAGACUGCCUUUUCAAAAUUUUCUACUUUUUUCUGAUACACCCUAUAUUAUAUUAAUUAUUAUUUAUUAUUCUAUCUUUUAUUCAGAUCAAGACUAUGCUUGGUGGGUUUAUAAUUCACGGUUAUUUUGGACUAUGGACUUUGAUUGUUAAAUCUCUUGGUAUGAUGCUGGCUGUAGCGGCUGGGUUAAGUCUUGGCAAGGAAGGUCCACUUGUACAUGUGGCUUGUUGUUGCGGAAAUGUCUUUGCAAAACUCUUUCCCAAGUAUCGCAAGAAUGAAGCGAAGAAACGAGAGGUAAGAACAAAAUCAUUUAAGUAUUUGCUUGAAAGUAUUGUUAGUUUUCAUGGUGCGACACAGUCAGACAGACGAAACUUUUUACCUGAGCGAUAACGUCAAAUACCCAUUAAUUAUACCACAAUCUUGGACAUAAUAAUAAUAAAUAAUAGUUCAAAUUUCUAUAUAGCGCUGCUUCCUGAAAAGAUCUGAAAAGUUCAAUAGCGCGCUUUACUCUCUAAUAGAUUGAAUGAUACGAAUAAUAAUGAUAAUCAUAUGCAUUUGAGUCUAUAGUAUGUUGCAAGUUUUAAAAGAUUAUUUGAUAUACAGUAAAAGUCUAUCUACAAGUGUAACUGAGGGAAGGCUUCAAUAAAAAGCCAAGUUUUAAGAUGUUUCUUAAAGUCAUCAAUAGAUCGAGUCUUUGUGGUUGAGAUAACUGGUUGUGAAACGAAACAAAAGUGUCAAAGAAAACAAAAAGAAACAGGAAACUUCCCGCAUAAUUUUUGCUUUAUAACUCGACGGUUUUAUUAUUCAUCGGUGAACAAAAGUAGUAUUUAUUUAAGAACAUAUCCUACACUCGUUUUUUUUGCGACUUCAGAGUAAAAGUUAAGCCAGCUGCUUGUAUGAUCCCUGGGUACGAAAUUAAUUUGCGAGAGUGUACGACAAUCCUUACUCUGUGGCCAUGUGGAAACAAGCAUAAAAAUCAUUCAUGACAAACACUUCAUGACACGUUCAUGACACGUUCGCGACACGUUCGUGACAGUUACAACCAUAUGGAAACCAGGCUUAAUGUCCACCGCUCAGAGUUGUUGCCGUGCAGGAGAGUCGAAUUUCAUGACUUUCACAUGAUACGCUCUCGUCCAAUGAGAUGCAAGAAAACACGAAGUUUGACAGUUAUGGUACAUAAUAAUGUAACUUGUCUGAUGAACUCGAAAGUGUAUACUUUCGCGGGGCCCGGGGCAAAUAUUCCCUGGGGGCCCCCAUGACAUCAUUAUUUUGAAGCUAGCCCAACUAGGCCUUAGCUAUAGACUGCAUGUGGAUGUACUGUAAGGCGCUCUUAAUUUCAAAAAAUGCUCUGACCAAUUUAAAGAACCUACUCAAUUUUAGGCUCUCGCUUUCAAGUUGGGGCCCUAUUAAGGGCCCUGGGCAAUUCCCCCCCCCCCCCUUCGGCGGCUCUGAUACUCAAAGCAAACUACUCUGGCUCCACAGCUAGCUAACACGAAUUUGAAAAUUAUGGUAACCACAUAUAAAUCAUGAGCAUUCUCUAGUUAUAAUCACUCCGCGUAUUUUCAGUUCUAAAAUGUUGUAUUUGGACUGAUGAGAAAGAUCGUUACUCAAUCUUUACGCAGUGGCUUAGCCAGAACGAUAAUUUUUUGGGGGGGGGGGCAUAUUCAUAUAUUCGUGUUCACAUACCAUAAAAACAAUUGAUUUCGAAAGAAAUUAAUAAAGCAGAACACGAAUAUAUGAAUAUGGGCCCCCAAUUAUCGUUCUGGCUAUGCCACUGUCUUUACGACCAUAAGGAAACCAGGCUUUAAAGUGCCUAUGUAACGAAUGUUUCACCUCAUUUUUUAUUGUUUUUCUAAAAAGUAAUGCUGGAGUGAUGAAGAAUGACGUUUACAGUUUCGUCAUAUCUCAUCUCAUCUCAUUCUCAAGUUAUCACACUUUCUAUAUUUUGAGUUGUGACGUCACAAGUAUGAGUUGAGAUAAUGGCAGUAACAAGAAAGUAUGAUAUCUUGGUGAGUAUUUAAUAAAAUUCAAUGAAACUUGGUACACUUAGUGGGUGCACUCAUAUGAAUAUUUUGGGUAGGUCAUGGGGUUGUCAUGGCAACACGCUAGUCCCCAGUCUCUUCUCUUCCUUUCACAACUUUCCUCCCGUAGACCUCUUGCAGAGGAUGUUUACAUGUUAUAACUGUAUAAACUGAUCACAAUACCUACACGUAUUAUAGUAAUAAGCGAAAAUUGUAGAAAUUGCUAUUUAUUUCGUUGAAAAUGGAUAAUAUAGAAAUUGGAAGAGAAGGGACUGGGGACGAGUGUGUUGCCAUAACAACCAUAUAAACAAGUCAAAAUUGUUGACUUUGUUGCACCCACUAAGUAUACCAAGUUUCAUUAAAUUGUAUUAAAUACUCACCAAGAUACCAUACUUUCUUGUUAUUGCCAUUAUCUCAACUCAUAAUUGUGACGUCACACAAAAUUGUCAGAAAAGUGAAAAGUAGUCCGUGGUCACUGACUUUCUGCUGAACAUAACAUUGGUCUCUAAACUGCGUUGCAAUUAAGUUGCAGAAAUAAUUGCCUCGUGUAACAUGACCUGAAUAACUCAUUUUAUUUUAGGUUUUGUCUGCAGCAUCAGCGGCAGGGGUUUCAGUUGCAUUUGGAGCUCCAAUUGGAGGAGUGUUAUUCAGCUUAGAAGAGGUAUAGUAAUACUGGUGAAUCAACUCUUAAUAAACAGUUAUUGGAUGAGGUUUUUGUGAUAUCCAGAAUUUAUCAAGGUCGAGGUCCUUGAUAAUUUGGGAUUAUCAUAUGACAAAAACGAAUUAACCGACUGUUUCAUUAUGCAUUGCAUUUCCAAGAACUCUUUCGACAAACAAUGUCAAUGAUAUGGUUCUCAUAAAAGAUUAAAAGCAGGUUCAUAAAAGAUUAAAAGCAGAUAACAGAUAUGAUUGGUUCUCAUAAAAGAUUAAAAGCAGCGAAAACAAUUUACAAUAUCACAACACCAUAAAAAUAUUAGAAAACUUAUUAACAAAAAACGAUAAAAAUGUCUGCUUUUUGCACAAUAUACACUCACAAAAUUGAAAAACGCCAGCUAGACUUCGUUUAUGUUAAAAUGUAUAAGUAAACAUUGAAAUUAUAAUGCUGUUAUCUGCAGGUUGAUCCAGCAGACUGAGUAUAGAAAUUUAUAGCAAGCGGCAGUUUUAAACACGCGAAGAAAAACAAGAAAAAAAUGAUCAGUAUUUGCCCCCGCCUCGCCUUCGUCUCGCCUCAUUAAUCAGAUAUACAGAUGGGCUACUCGUGCAUGCUUUGCAUAUAUUAUUUAGUGUAUUUUAUUUGUUGUGAGUGGGGUGAGUUAGUAGAAAAGGAGGGCUAAUCAUUGUUUUCUUUGGGAGAGUAUAAUAGGUCUUAUUUGAGAGGGAAACGCAAUAGAAUAUGUACUGUAUUCUAAUUUAUGCUGUAUUGUAGGUGAGCUAUUACUUUCCAAUGAAAACCUUGUGGAGAUCGUUUUUCUGUGCCAUGGUGGCCGCAGUGACGUUGAAAUAUAUGAAUCCAUAUGGAACUGGAAAACUUGUCUUGUUUUAUGUAAAAUAUACAACACCUUGGAAAGUUUUUGAAUUGGUCCCGUUUACUUUACUUGGCGUAUUUGGGGUAAGCUUCUUUUGA